UAAGUGUAUGCCCGGGGAAAUUUCCGAAAGACAAGACUUUACCAUCGAAAAUGAGAUGGAAUCGGAACAUUGCGCUAGCAAUUUACCGCUUAUUUAUUUAUUUAUGGAAGCAAUAUCCCGGAAGAUCAAUUUGUAGGAGUAUUUUAUAAAUAUUUAAUUUCAAUCUGAAAGUCGCGUCAAAAAAGCAGCAACGGUUGUUUCCUCAAGAUUGUUGAUUGUUCCCUCAAGUUUAUUUCAAGUGUACGUAUUUGGUAAUUUGUUUUCGUACAUUUGCAUAAUUUGUCUAAAGCAAUUGCUUGAUUAAUAUUUCACGGCCUGGUUCACCCUUCCAUGCCUUAUAACGAAGUAAAUUUGUUUCUAUUUUUACGCUAAGUACUACCGUAACUCAUUAAUGAUACCAAUGAACGAUUGUGAAAAAUUGAAGUAGGAUUUUAUAUGACCUGUAAGAUUUUGAACUUCUGAGGAAAUAUCACCUUAAAUUAGUUGUAUCGAAUAUUAAUCAAAUACAUGCUAAAAUCGAUUUUAUUAGGAUACGCCGAGUAAAUAUUGAUUUCUUAGCCGUUUUUGUUCGCAGACAGCUGUAGAAAAAUGUUUUUAUAUAAUGUAUGUCAUUACUUGUGCAUCAUGCUGGGAUUCUGGACUGUUUUAGCUGGUGGAUUCGGAAGAAUUCGGACAAUAGAACCCCAAAACAGUUUAUCUUCCGGUUCAGAUGUCAAUUAUUUUACGUAUACUGCAAAGAAUGGAAGAGCGCGCAAAAUUUCUUUUGGUAGGUCAGAAAUACUAAGGAAAAACAAGAGAUCAGUCUCACCAAAAUCUACAUUCGAUGUAGAAAUGUGGCAAAAAGGCUACAACAAAUUUGACAACGUUAGAAACACUGCACCUAAUGGCAGAACAUCUUUGAAAAAAAUGAUUGAAGAAUUCCCAUGCCCAGAAAGACUAUGUGAAGACGACAACAGGGAAAAUGAAGUUGUGACUUUUUCUACAGUAAAUGAAAACAUAUCCACAAGCAGUGAUAAUUCUUCGACUGCAACAACAUAUGGAUUGUUGUUCUCUGCGAGUCUUCCUGAGAUUAUAGCAAUCUGCAUCUCAUCUGGAACAGCAAGUUUGAUAACGGUCGCUGGAAACGUUUUGGUGAUUGCUUCGUUUGCAAUUAACAAAUCUCUUCGAAUUGUGAAUAACUAUUUGAUUCUAAGUUUGGCAGCCGCUGACUUACUGAUUGGCACAAUUUCGAUGAAUUUAUUCACGAUUUCAAUAGUUCACGGAGAAUGGAGACUCGGUGCAGCUGUUUGUGAUUUUUGGUUGACUCUUGAUUACGUUGCAUCAAACGCUUCAGUUAUGAAUCUCUUUAUCAUAUGCCUUGAUCGGUAUUUUUCUGUUACAAAACCCGUAAAAUACCGCAACGCAAGAACAAAAAAACGUUUUCUGAUGGCGAUCGCUGGUGCUUGGAUAAUAUCGUUCGUGUUGUGGGCGCCGUGGAUUGCUGGGUGGCAAUAUAUUGUUGGCAGCAGAAGUGUACCAGAGAACCAAUGCUAUAUCCAGUUCCUCAAAGAAAACAAAGCUGUAACGGUAAUAACGGCGAUCGGCGCAUUUUAUCUACCUGCAGGAGCUAUGUGCGUCUUGUAUUGGCAAGUUUAUCAAGGGAUAAAAAACAGCAGGAAAAAAAUCUUAGGAAUGAAUAAAACGCCGAAUGAUGAUUCCACAAAGUCUGUCAGUGAUGAUGAACAUGGAGACCAUAUCACAAAAUCAACAAGAAAAAAUAAUUUCGAAAGAUGGCGAAUACUUAACUGCUGUGCCAACGAGAAAAAGAAGAGAACUAAGAAGGGUAUCAAAGAGAAGCGACACAUUUUCACUUUAGCAACUAAAUGUUUAGGAGGCAUUCUUUGCUGUUUCAAAGGAAACAAGAAAGAAGCGAUUUCGCCAAGUGUGAGAGAACGUAAAAACGUCGACGCGUCUAAUCAAGCAUUUAUAAAAGGAGAUUGUGCAGAUAAAAGCCCGGAAAGGGAAUAUGAAUAUAGGUCGAAACCGACCCAAUCUUUUCUCGAAAUAAAUAGAAAAAAUGAUAAUUUUGUAUCACGAGAAAUUCAUCCACAAGAAACCCCCAAACAGGAACCUUUUCAUAUUCCAAGGAAAGCAUUCCUUUAUUGAAGGCGACGAGUCUCCACCGGCCUAUAACAAACUUCAUGCUUCCGAUGAUGAACAAGCCGUAUCGGUUACCAUCGAUUUCAGACUUUCAAGCAAAAAGCUCAGAGAUAAGUUUGAAAACGUCGUCUCGUAAAUUGCCAGGAAAUCCAGUGGACAAAAAAAUGAAGGAAUACGCUCUACCAACUCGGUCAGUGAGACGUCUACCAAACAUACCCAGAGAAUCAAGAAGUACUGCAAAUGAAGACGUGCACGGUAAAGAGAUACUUUACCGCAGCAAGUCUGGCAAGAUAUAAAUAGCCCUAACAUGAGACAUGCGUGUUCUGAGCCGUAUUUAACUGCAGAUAAUUCGGGCAUACCCAGAGCUGAUAGCCCAACUCUGGCCACCACUUAUUAACAGAGCUCCAGUUGAACAUACGACAUGCACUAUGAAUAGCAAUAAGCAACAACCAGCAGUUAAAGUACCCACAGAAAUAGUUACUAGCGACCAAGCUCACAUUGUCGACGAAGCAGUACUUGCGUACCAAGAAGAAGAUACUCUUUUGCAGACAACAAUUACAACUGUUGAUAGUUCAGAUCCGCCUAUGUCUGCAAUGGCAUCUGCAAAUGCGACUCCAAAUCUUUGUCGAACGAAGGCGGGAAAAGAAAUUGCAUUUUACGGCACACUCCCCGAAGCAAAGUUCAAAUUUAGCAAAUCCAACCUAUUGCUAAAGUAGGAGAUCGAUUAAAAACUCAAGCGGUGAAAAAGAAGCUUCAAUCUCUGAAAAAGGAGACAAAAGCUGCAAGAUUAUUGGCUUCAAUUUUAGCUGCAUUCAUUAUUCUUUGGACGCCUUACAACGU